AGCACUAUGGCUUUCAGCGGCAAAUUCGAAUUUGAGAGUGAGAAGAAUUAUGACGAGUUCAUGAAGCGCCUGGGUCUUCCAGGAGAUGUGAUUGAAAAGGGACGUAACUUCAAGAUCAUCACAGAGGUCCAGCAGGAUGGACAGGACUUCACCUGGACCCAGUCUUAUUCUGGGGGCAACAUUAUGACCAACAAGUUCACCAUUGGCAAAGAAUGUGAAAUGCAGACCAUGGGGGGCAAGAAGUUCAAGGCCACUGUGAAGAUGGAGAAUGGGAAGGUGGUGGCAGAUUUCCCCAACUAUCACCAGACCUCGGAGAUCGUAGGUGACAAGUUGGUGGAGAUCUCCACCAUUGGGGGUGUGACCUAUGAGCGCGUAAGCAAGAGGCUGGCUUGA